CGUCCAACUUUUGAAGGAGAAUAUUGUCAUGAUUUUGUGCAACUUGGAAAAAAUAUUCCCACUUUCUUUCUUUGAUGUUAUGGAGCACCUACCUAUACACCUACCAUACGAAGCAGAGCUUGGCGGUCCAGUUCAAUAUAGAUGGAUGUAUCCUUUCGAAAGGUUUUUUAAACGUUUGAAAGGCAAGGCGAAGAACAAAAGAUAUCCAGCGGGUUCAAUCGUUCAAUCGUACAUGAAUGAUGAGAUAUCAUACUUCUCGGAACACUAUUUUGCAUCGCACAUUUCUACAGCUAUUAGAAGAAGGACAAGUCGGUAUGAUGAAGGUGAAGUUCCUGUAUAUCCUGUCCCGGUACCAGACAUAUUCACACAAGUAGUGAGUUCUGGUUAACUGAGCAAGAUUAUACAUGCGCACAUGCAUAUGUUUUGCGUAAUUGUGACUAUUUUCGACCGUUUGAAAGGUAUACGUACAUUUUUACCAAGUAAUAAUAUUAGUUUUAAGAGCGUUCUCUCUAUUAAUCGACUAAUGAGAAUAUUUUUUACAUGUCGAAACACAGUAUGUUGGACGCGCAAAUUCGGGAUGAAUAUCCAGAACUCUCUGAUGAUGAGGUCACCUCUAAAAGAGACGAAGAUUUUCAUUUAUGGAUUCGCCAAUACGUGGAAGCAACGAGAAGUCAUCAAAAUUUUCCUCCAUGGGUUCAUGAACUAGUGGAAGGUCCUGAAAACAAAGUCAAGUCAUGGCCCAUGUAUUUUACUAGAGGAUAUAUGUUUCACACGCGGAAUCAUGGGCGCACAAGAAAGACAAUGAAUUAUGGGGUAUGUGUUCGAGGACAAAAUUAUUCUGAAGCAUCUCACGAAGAAGAUUUUUAUGGGACCGUGGAAAAGAUAAUCGAGCUCGAGUAUCCAGGACUGGUUAACUUAAAGAUCACACUUUUCUACUGUCAAUGGUUUGACCCAAAGGUUGGCAAAGGAAUUCGUAUUUCAGAUGGAGGCGUUGUAGACGUGCUACAAUCAAAGAGAUACCAAAAUUACGAACCAUUUAUUUUAGGGUCUCAAGCUGAUCAAGUGUGUUAUCUUUCAUACCCGACCACAAAACGACCUCGAAAAACGUGGCUUUCAAUUUACAAAGUUAAUCCAAGGAAUGUUGUUCAAGGGAAGUUUACUGAAAAUGAUAUGGUUAUACUGCAACAAUCUGUUGAUGAGGCACCUCCGAGCAUGAUUGAAGAAGUUAUAGUUGAGAGCUUAGUUGACGGAAAUCAUCAAGAUGAACCUAUCGAUUUUGAUAUUGAAGAUGCUGAAGGAGAAGACGAAUUUCAUUGUAAUUCAUCAACAUCCGAAGAUGAAGAUGAAGAAGAAGGUGAAGAUGAAGAAUAAUUAUAAAUAUAAGUCAUUUGUAAAAUAAUUGACUAAAUUUUAAUGUGUGUUUUGUAAUAUAUUUUAAUUAAAUGGCUUGAUGAUGUGUGUUUUGAAAAAUAGAAUUAAACAGCCAAUUUGUUAUGUUUAUUUACUAGUUUUGGUAAACAUUUA